AUGAGCGACGACAGCAGGCGGAAGAAUCCGCUGUCAUUCUUCUUUCUUAAACAACGACAUCAUUCUGUCCCAACAAAAAAGAACCCAUCCAGCAGCAGCAAUAUCGCCAAACCCAAAGGCAUUUUUGGUGCUCCAUUGGAAUACGGAGCAGAAUGUGGAUCGAUAACACCACGCGGUUUACAAGUGCCUGAUCCCGUGUAUCGAUGCAUGAACGAAGUCAUUCAACGAGGAUUGAAAGUGGAAGGCAUCUUUCGAUUAUCAGGAGCAGCCUCUGAAGUGGAUCAAUUAUGCCGUUUGUUCGAUACGCCACCCACCUAUGGCAAAUACCUGGACCUAUCCUCUUUUGAUAUUCAUGCAAUCGUUGGCACCUUGAAAAAAUACUUGCGAUCCUUACCUUAUCCUGUGAUUCCAACAUCCUACCAUGAGCAGUUUUUGGGCACCACCAACAAUAUCCAACAAUUGGCCCAUUUGGCAAUGCGACAGCUACCACGUGCCCACUUUAUCUUGUUGUAUACGAUCAUUGAGCUGUGCUCACACAUCCAAGCACAUUCACGUAUCAACAUGAUGAAUCCAGAGGCAUUGGCAGUGGUGCUUGCUCCUGUAUGCACAGGAUUGGAUCAAAGUCUUCGGGACAUGUUUGUAUUGAAGAACAAGGACAUUGUGACCGAUAUUGUUCAAGCCAAUGCUCGAUGGACCGAUUUAUGGACAAGGAUGAUUCAGAGCCACAAAGAGCUACUUGAUAUUUGGUCCAUUGAACAACCUCAAUUACCUCCAGUCGUUGUCAAUGUAGCAUUGCCCAACAAGGUAACGAAAUCAGAUAACCGAUCAUCGUCGUCAUCGUCAAAACAAUGUGGGGUUAUUAUCAUGCGAAAACGCGGAGGACAACAUUAUCAGCGAAAGCACGCCUCUUGGCCUAUGGAACGUCGCACAUGCUUAACCAACGAUGAUUAUUGUCUUGUCAACCCAUCCUCUUACGACAUCCUCUCAGUGCGUCGACGCACACAAUCCAUGGUCAAUCCAAGUAUUGCCCCUAUAUAA